AUGUCGCUUCCUGACAUUGCUUCUCAAUUAGUGAAAGAAUCGUUUGCAGAUUCAAAUUAUAAUAAAACUUCGAGCACGAUCAUAAUGGCUGGAAGUAAAUAUGUGGGGAAAUCGACAAUAAUUAAUUCAUUCCUUGAAAAAAAUGAGAACCCAAAAGAAACCUUAGUAUUGGAGUAUUCUUUCGGUAGAAAAUCAUCACAAAAACCGGGUGGUGAUAAAUCCAUUUGUCAUGUAUGGGAAUACGGUGGAAAGAUCGAGAUGCUUAAAGAUGUGCUUACAUCUAUCCCUGUACAUCAGAAGUUCUUCUUCUGCAUAGUGAUAGAUUUAAGUAAAGGCAGAAAUUUAUGGAGCACAUUGGAAGCGUGUUUAGAAGCGAUUGAAAAAAAUUACACUGCGCCAAAUUUAUUACCAGAAAUUAUUCUGAUUGGAGGAAAUUACCAUCUCUUUAAAAAUUUGGAUAGUGAAACAAAGAAAAUUAUAUGUUUAACAUUAAGGAGUAUUGCGGUUAUAUACAGAGCGCACGUGGUAUUUUAUUCCCACAAAGAAGCAACUUUAGUCCGAAGAUUGAAAGAGUUGUGCUAUGGGAUGGCAUUUGGAAAAGGGUUUUCUUUGAAGGAAAAGAAUACAAAUCUUUCGAAGCCUCUAGUUAUACCAAAAGGCACGGACUCUUGGGAAAAUAUAGGUGUACCUAUUUCGACAUUAACUCAGAUAAAACUAAGGUAUGCCGCGAAAAUUGCUAUGGAACAAGAAACAGAUGUAAAACAAUUUUCGCAAAUGAAACGCACUCACCCAGAACCGGUUCUAGAUACUUUAACGGCCUUAAAAUGUGAAGAUUUAGUAAAUAUGGAAUAUUGUGAUCCGUCUAUUAAAGAUUAUUUAUAUUGCUUAAAUUAA